UAAAAAGUAUCAGCAAACACAGCACAUCUGACAAACUCUUGAAGAAUGUCACCGGAACAUGCGAAAAAGAUACAACUGCAAACUAACCGACACAGACAAACAAGCGGAAGUGAAAGUAAAGCAGCUCGUGUUUCCUCGUUCAGACAUAUCCCUUCGGCGUUUCUCAGUUGAGGUGCAGUGUGUGUAUGUGUGUGUGAAAGACAUGAGCAAUUUACAGUUUAACAGCGUUUUACUGGACAUUUCUAACCAGCUGACCGAUAAGCAGCUGGAGGACAUGAAGUUUCUGUGUCGGGACAUGGUCGGGAAGAAAGAGCUGGAAAAGAUCUCCAGCGGGAUCCGACUGUUUCAGGUUCUGACGGAGAGAGGCAAGCUGGGAGCCAACAACACGGACUGUCUGUGCCAGCUUCUCAAAGACAUCCACCGACAAGACCUCUCGGGAAGAAUAGAGACUUUUGAAAGUCCGGCUGGAUUCAACGACAACCAACCGGACAAGGAGGAGAGAGACAAACUGGACAUUGCCACAGAGGUGAUCGUGGAGAAUAUGGGAAGGACUUGGCGUAAACUGGGCCGCAGACUGGGUUUGACUGAAGUUAAGCUGGACUCCAUCUCCAGGAGGCAUCCCACAGAACUGGAGGAAACGACGAGGGAGAUGCUGAAGGAGUGGAUGAAGUGUCGUGGAGCCGAGGCACGAACAGAGUACCUGAUAGAUGCCCUGAGAGCCUGCCAGUUCAACCUGACGGCUGAUAAAGUUCAGGACAGACUUCUCUGAGGAGAGAACACUAACUACGUUUUACUACGAGGAAAGUUAUACGCAGAUAUAUGAAAUUAUUGAUCAAAUAAACCGACUCCCUGAAUGUCA